CAGCUGCCUGAUCUCUUUUCAGAGGAGAUGGAAAAGGGAAAUCACUCGGAGGUGACUGAGUUCAUUCUCUCAGGACUGACAGAUCGUCCGGAGCUGCAGGUCCCCCUCUUUGGGGUGUUCCUACUGAUCUAUGGUAUCACCCUGGUGGGGAAUGGGGGGAUGAUCUUGUUAAUCACGAUUGACCCCGGACUCCACACCCCCAUGUACUUUUUCCUCAGUAAUUUGUCUUUCUGCGACCUCUGCUAUUCCACGAUAAUUUCCCCUAAAAUGCUGCUGAAUUUCUUAGCCAAGAGGAAAAGCAUUUCUUACAUUGCCUGCGCUGUGCAAAUGAAUCUCUCUGUUGUUUUUACAGAUGUUGAGUGUCUCUUGCUGGCCCUGAUGGCGUAUGACCGUUAUGUGGCCAUCUGUAACCCGCUGCUCUAUACGGUCACCAUGUCCAGGCAGCUUUGCAACCAGCUGGUGGCUUUGGUGUACACUGUGGGGCUGGUGGAUUCAAUGAUAAACACUUUUUUUAUAUUUCGGCUGUCAUUCUGCAGCUCCAACAUCAUCAAUCAUUUCUUCUGUGACAUCCCCCCACUGCUGGCGCUCUCCUGCUCUGACACCCACAUCAAUGAGAUUGUGAUCUUUGCUUUCACAAGCUGCAUUACAGUGGGCAGUUUUGUGACUGUCCUCCUCUCCUAUGUCUAUAUCAUCUCCACCAUCCUGCAGAUCCGCUCUGCCGAGGGCCGGCGCAAAGCCUUCUCCACCUGCUCUUUCCACUUGACUGCUGUGGCCCUGUAUUUUGGCACCCUCCUCUUCAUGUAUUUACGUCCCACCUCCAGCUAUUCCAUGGACACAGAUAAAGUGGCAACAGUGUUUUACACGGUGGUGAUCCCCAUGCUGAACCCCCUCAUCUACAGCCUGAGGAACACGGAGGUGAAGAAUGCCCUGAGGAAAGCAAUGAAUAAAUUCCUAACCAAUUCCUGA